AUGGCCAAAAAAAACAAGGAAGUGUCCUUGACUGCUUCGUCAAGUGCGAUAGACCCCACACUCGAUGCACUGUUCUCUGCCAGUUCCGGACCUGUGAAAGCUCCUCCAAAGUCACGCUAUAGCAGCCUCUCGGAAAAGAAGGCUGAGGACUCAGCACCAAAACAAGCCCAGGAUGAUGGCUCUGAUGAUGAGGCCGAAAGCCCAAUUGAGGGAGAUGAAGACGAAGUGCUUCCUGAAGCUAGCCAGGAACUAGACUAUGACGAUGAGGAAGUCGAUGAAGAGCAGGAUGAUGAGGAUGAGGAUGAUGAUGAGGGAGCUCCCUUGGAAAAGGAAGACGGCUCUGAUGAGCCGAAAGAAGUCGCCAGCGAGGACGUUGAGAUGACAGUCGCAUCCCCAGAAUCAGCCAAGCCAAAGAGGGAACGCAAGCGGAAAAGGAAGGAUGACAAUGGAGAAUUGGAGGAUCGCUAUCUGAGCAAACUUGCAGACGAUGCUACGGAAGCACCAGCGGGCAAGCGCCAGAAGGGCGGGUCGGCUACUGGCGAUGAUAACGAGGAUGGCGACGAUGGAAUCCCACAACACGAAUCGCUGGCCAAGGAUGCGAAGUCUUCAGAGCUGGAAAAGGCUGAUCGAACCGUUUUCUUAGCCAACGUCUCCUCGGAGGCGGUUGGGUCAAAGGCUGCCAAGAAAACAUUGAUUAACCACCUCAGCUCCGUGCUGGAAGGAGAUGACAAAGUCGAAUCCAUCCGUUUCCGAUCUGUCGCCUUUUCUGUUGGAGCGAUGCCCAAAAGAGCUGCUUACAUCACCAAGCAGUUGAUGGAUGCGACAACAAAGUCGGCUAAUGCGUAUGCUGUUUACUCUUCUGCUGCAGGUGCCAGGAAAGCAGUCAGCACACUGAAUGGAACGGAAGUUCUAGGACGACACAUUAGGGUUGAUAGUGUUGCUCACCCAAGCCCCACAGACCACAGACGAUGCGUCUUUGUGGGGAAUCUGGGGUUUGUGGAUGACGAGUCGAUUCUCCAAAAGACUGAGGAGGGUGAGACGGUACAGAAGAAACGGAACAAGACUCCUUCCGACGUCGAGGAAGGCCUGUGGCGAACAUUCAGCACCCAGGGCAAGGUCGAGAAUGUCCGUGUGGUGCGAGAUCCCAAGACCAGAGUAGGCAAAGGCUUUGCCUACGUGCAGUUCUACGAUGGAAAUGCUGUCGAGUCGGCGCUACUCCUUGACGGGAAGAAGUUCCCUCCCAUGCUGCCGCGCGCUCUUCGUGUAACGAGAGCCAAGGAUCCGCGCAAGACUGCCCAGGCACAGAAGCGACUCGCUGAGUCUGGCAAGGGGGUCAAUGGCGACUCCAAGAACACAAAGUACAGGAAGAAACUUACGCCUGAGGAGCUCUCUAUGGGCGGUCGUGCAGCCAAGCUUCUCGGCCGAUCUGGAGCUGCUGCUGAACGCAGGAAGGCACGAGUCACAGAUAACAAGGAUAAUGAUGUUCCCUCAACUGUGCUGAAGACUCCCGAAGAGAUCGUCUUCGAAGGUACAAGGGCUUCGGUGAGGACCGGUGCAGCUAAGGGGAAAAGACUUUCAAAGAAACUAAGGGGCAAGAAGGGAAGCCAGCCUACAGGACGGGGUGCUCGCAGAGCUGCUGAGUGGAAGAAGAAGCGAAGAGAGACCGCAGCUUAG